AACAUCUGAAAACUGUCCAACUUAUCCCUUUACUUUCAUUUCCUUUUCCCUGGUGGUAAACUACGCGGUAAUUGACCGGACAGAGUGCAGGAAACACCUUAUUCACGGCUUCCCCUACAUAAAAACAAAAUUAAUCAAUCGCUCGACACUACACCGCUUAGUUCACGCACCACUGUUACUUUGAGUUGGAGUGUUGCUAAUAACGCGGGAGACGCAGCGGGGACGCCUCGAGGGGUUGUGAUGUGGCUAACGCGAGAAACGCAGAAGGGAGGCCUUGAGGGGAUGUGUUGUGGCUAACGCGAGGGACGCAGCCGCUUGGCUUCUAAGGUACUUGUGAUCAAGAAAUAGAACAUGAGGAGGAAAAAAGGCAAAGCUUCCUGCAUGCAUCGUGGCGGUCACAAAUCAGCGGACGCGCAGAUAAUAUUACAGUGGAAGCCGUAAGGUAAGGAUCUGUUUGACUAAGUACAAUGAAGGUUAGGACACAGCACAUCCUCAGGUAUGUCUGUCCCGCCGCCGCGGUGUACCUGGUGGCCACGCAGGUGUGCAGCAGCUUCCUUAAGGCCGGUGAAGCCGAGCGCCAGCAGGGGCGGGGCGGCACGGGGCCCGACACUCCGUCCUGCCGCGCCCUCUUCACCAUCACGGACGUCGCCCGCCGCCAGGCAGCCAACGUCAGCCUCUUCAUACACGACCUUCAAGGGUAUUCGCCUCCUCACAAGCUCAGUGGAGACUGGAGGGCGCGGGCACCCCCCGGCCACGGCAUCAGCCCCGUUCCCAGCAUCGCCGCGGCCGCUGGGGCGGUGCGGCAGCUGCUAGUAAAAAGAAACUCGCCGUCAGGAGCGUCCACGGCAGAUUACUCCCCGCUCGCCGCCCUCCUUCCCUCCGUGCUGGCCCGCCAGGAAGGGGGUGAGGGCAGCGCCCCGACGAUCACCACUACCAUCACCACCAGGAUCGGCGCCGCCGGUGGGCUGCUGCCCUACGUGCCGUGUCAAAUAGCGACCUAUGCUGACCCCGCCUCUGCCACCGCCUGCUUCAGGGAGAGGCUGAGAAAGGAUGACUCCUUAUGGAUCUUCUUCAUGGGAGACUCUAAGAUAAGGAACCUUUUUGUUGCAUUCAUUGCACUAAUUGACAAAGAGCUCCAGUUCAUUAUCAAAUUUCCGGUAAGUUUUGGUCACGCAUUUUUUUUACAUUACGUGGCCAAAGUUAUCUUUAAAGCCCAAGUUCUGUACAAGACUGUUGAGAAACACCUAUUCUUCAUAAUCAGGUUUCAGCCAUUCAAUCAGCUAAAGGCAUCAUCAAAGAAGGGCAGCGCGGAGGUGCUGCAGCUGGCGCGGUGGGCGGCGGGGGUGGAGGCAGCUCCACACCUGCUGGUGCUGGGUAGGCUGUCACGCGCUGCCACGCAACACACAGCUAAUGUGAGCCGGAGGACUCGGGUUAUCGUGACGCCCCAAAGCAGAUACAAGAUCUACACAGCAACAGGUCUUUACCAGGAUUACAGCACUCCUUUCGGGGAUCCCAUCUUUGACUGGAGCGAGGCAGUGUUGCUGCAUCAUCUGCGGCAUCAUGCUCAACAAAGCCGAACGCCUACACCACCUGAUGCUACCUCGGCAGGAAAGAUAAGGGAACGAGGAAGCCGGCGCGGCUCAGGGCCCCACGACUACAUGGAGCCCGAGGAGGCUGACGGCGGAGUGUGGUGGUGGGACACGAGUUUGCCACUGAGCCUGGCGGAGAACAGCGAGUGUGAGGAGCUGUACCACCGUGGCCUGGCACAUCACUCUUUGUAUAAUAGCUCUUUCUUUAGGUGUAACAAUGACCACCACGCAGGCACCGUCACUCUGAGGGACCAGGUCACGAUGCUGCUCAACCUGGCGUGCAACUCCGUGUUGGGAGGUGGCGAGAGGAUGUGUUGUGGCUAACGCGAGGGAUGCAGCAGGG